AUGAAAAAGAAAGAAAAAAGGAAAAACGAGGAAACCGAUAAUGGGAAUGAAUUGAGCCAGUCGUAAUAUCCUGACCAUCUUUUUUCUCGGACGAUAAAUUCCCCGUUGCUUGGUGAACAGCUCUGGUCCUGCCCUUCGACGAUUCCGUGCCAUUUUCCACCGUGGGAAUUUAUCGUUGAAAUAAUGCGGAAAUAGUGAGAUAUUCCAAGGCGCAGCGUAUGAAAGACGGCGACUAUGGAGCGUUGUUCGGUUGGGAAUCGAAACCGAAUCGUCUGGAGUGCCGCGAAUCACGAAACGGGACGACGACGACGAGGAGGAGGAGGAGGAGGAGGAGAAGGAGGGGACGAAGGUUGCUUUGAAAAGCGGGGAAAGUGAUUCGAAGGCAGGCAGUUGGGACAUUACGCGGAAAUUCCAGCCGCGUGUCAGAGAUUGGUCAGCGAAGUUGACCCAAGUUCCUCCGCCGAGCAGAACGGUCACGUCGUUGUGCGCUGGACAACGAACGCAAUUAGAGAGAACGAGAGAAAAGAGACCUUGAAUACUGUUUCGCGACACGAAUUUCGACCUGUUAUCAAAAACAUGGAUUUGAAUGUAACUACUAUCCAUCCUUGUGACUUGAAAAAUUGGCAAAUUUUUAGUUCCUUAGAAACAAAAUUCAUUUCGAAUGUUCGUAUAGCUGUUGUGUAUGGUAAUUUUGCUAAUGAAGCUUUAAUCGUAACGAAGGAUAAUAUGGUGUACAGUAUAGGAAAUACCUUUGAAUUUGGUAUAGGUUCCAUUCCUAGCAGUCUUUGUCCAAAGAAAAUGGAAAUAUUGUGUGGUGAAGAUAUAAAAACUAUUGCAUAUGGCAAAGGUCCACAUGUUUUGGUUCUUACGCAGCAAGGAAAGAUAUAUUCGUGGGGAUAUAAUCAUAAUGGUGAAUUAGGAAACGGAUCUACUGUUCAAUCUCAGACUCCAUUACCUAUAUCAGAAGUAUUGAAUGAUGAAUAUUUUGUUGAUAUAGCCUGUGGAGGUCAUCAUUCCCUUGCAUUAACAAAUAAAGGACAGCAUAUAAAAGUGAUACAUUUAUUUGAGGUAUAUGCAUGGGGAAAUAUGUUAUCCAAACAAGCCAACCAACCAAGUGAUCAAUAUAAAACCAAACCAAUGUUGAUGAUGAGUCUAUUACACUUCAAUAAAAUUGUUCGUAUAAGUUGCGGAGACUCGUUCAGCAUGGCGCUCACUGACAAUGGACAAGUUUAUAGUUGGGGUGAUAAUACUGUUGGUCAAUUGGGAACUGAAAAUAGUAGUAAUAAUAUAAUCUUUAAUAAUGGACCAUGCAAAGUAACUGCACUUACAAAAAUAAUAAUAGAAAAAAUAGUUUGUGGCUAUAUGCAUACAUUAGCAUUGAGUGACAAAGGUGAUCUCUAUGUUUGGGGAGAUAACAGUUACGGCCAAUUAGGCUUUUACACAGACUCAUAUGUUCGGACACCAACAAAGUUGAAACUACCGGAAAUACCAGGAAGGGUAUUAGAUAUAGCAACUUCACAUUAUCAUCACAUAAGUGUUGCUAUGAGUGAAGGCAAUCGGAUAUUUAUGUGGGGUCAGUGUUUAGGUCAGAAAAUUAAAGUUCCAAUGCUUACUCCACUAAAAUGUUUGUAUUAUGCUUUUGCAUAUUAUGCAUCUCCAAAUAUCAUGCAUCAGCCACUUAUUUUUCACAGUAAUAAAGAAACAAAUUUAACUGAUAGUUUAAGAGAUGCCUUUGAUGAUCCAAUCACUAGCGAUCUUACAAUUCAAGUACAUGGAAAACCUAUUCAUGUUCACAAAGUAAUUUUAAAAAUACGGUCUAAUUACUUCAAAAUGAUGUUUCAAGAUCAUUGGACAGAAAAUAGUCAAAGAACUUUUAGAGCUAGCUAAUGCCUAUUCUGAAACUCAGUUAAUAAAACAUUGUGUACGAAUAAUAUGUAAAAGGAUUACAGUUCAGAAUGUAGCUUUUUUAUACAACACAUCUAUCCAAUAUAAUGCUAAGGAAUUAGAAGACUGUUGUUUUAAAUUUGCUUUGAAUCAUAUGACUAAAAUAGUACAGACAGAAGCUUUUGCAGAAUUAGAUAAAAAUACAAUGAAAACUUUUAUAGUUAAAGCUGCACAAGCAGUAGAUAGAAUUAUAAAUACAAGUUUUAUCUUAAAUAUAAAUGGUUUAGAAAUUAUGUCUGUAUCAUUGACUAGUGAUAUUGCCAUAGACGAUUACACAUCUUAUUUAUUUUAUAGAUCGUGUUUAGGUUCAAAGCUGCAAUCUAAUCAGUUACCGCGGUGCGCCGACUUUAGGAUAAACGUAGAGAUGUUUCUUUGGAAUUUGAGAAAUUGGCCAAUUUUUAGUUUCAUAGAUUGGAACUAUGUUUCGAAAGUUCAUAUGGCACUUGUAUAUGGUAAUUUAGGUAAUGAAGCUUUAAUUGUAACAACAGAUAAAAUAGUAUAUGCUCUAGGGUGUAAUGCUUCUGGAUGUCUUGGAAUUGGGGAUAGUCAUAGUACUCUUUAUCCAAAGAAAGUUGAGGCACUGUGUGGCAAAGAUAUAAAAACUUUUGCACAUGGCAGAGGUCCAUACGUCUUGGCUCUCACCGAGGAAGGAAAGAUAUAUUCAUGGGGACAUAAUAAUCACGGUGAACUAGGACACAAUUCCACUAAUCACACGAUUCCAACGCCUGUGACAAGAAAUUUAAAUAAUGAAUUCAUUGUUGAUGUAGCUUGUGGAAGUCAUCACUGUCUAGCGUUAACAAAGGAAGGAAAGGUGUACGCAUGGGGUGAAAACACAUGGGGGCAAGUAGGUAACAGCGUUAAUAUAAAUGAAAAUACGCCUAUGAAAGUGAACUUCAGGUUAGCUGGCAAAACAAUAAUUUGCAUUAGUUGUGGUCAGUCAUCGAGCAUGACAGUUACAGACAGCGGAGAGGUUUAUGGCUGGGGUUGCAACCAGGUUGGCCAAUUAGGAAUCGGGAACUAUGUUAAUCAAGUGAAUCCUUGUAAAGUUACAACUCUUAUUGGUAUUGUAAUUGAAAAAAUCGUUUGUGGUUAUGCACAUGUUUUGGCGUUGAGUAACAAAGGCGUGUUGUAUGUUUGGGGUGGAAACAAUUGUGGACAAUUGGGGCUUGAUGAAAGUCGUAAGACGAAUAUUUGCAGCCCGACACAGCUGGCAGUGAAAGAGAUGGGAAGAGUAUUGGAUAUAGCAAGUUCGCAUUAUAAUCACAUAAGCGUAGCCAUGGGAGAAGGUAACCGAAUAUUUAUGUGGGGUGAGUGUUUGGGACAAAUUGUUAGAAUUCCAAUACUAAUUACUGUAGCGUCUCUACAUGAUGUUUUUGCGCGUUACGCGUCACCGAGCAUUAUGCAUCAGCCACUUGUUCUUUAUGGUGAAGAACUGGACAUGAGUUUAACAGAUUGUUUUAGAAAUGCAUUUGACGAUCAGAGUACGAGUGAUCUUGUAGUACAAGUACAACAAAAAUGUAUUUACGUGCACAAAGCUCUUUUAACGAUACGUUGUCAAUAUUUUCGAACGAUGUUUCAACAAAAUUUAACCUUAAUUAAGAAUAAUCAAAGGUUUAUCGUUUUGACAAGUAUUCAGAUUUCUCUUUUUUCUGUUCCAACUGUUCGUUGCAGUAUUAUAGAAGAGCAAACAUUUUCUUACGACGUAUACAAAGCAUUUUUGAAAUAUUUUUACACUGAUGAGAUCGACUUACCUCCGGGAAAUAUACCAGAAUUUUUGAAAUUGGCGGAUACUUAUUCCGAAAACCAGUUGAAAAAACACUGCGUGCAAAUGAUAAAGGGAGAAAUUACAAUUGAAAAUGUGGCUCUCUUAUACAGCAUGUCUAUGGAGUAUAAUGCUAAGGAAUCGGAGGAGUAUUGUUUCAAAUUCAUGCUAAAUCACAUGACUGCUGUAACGCAAACAGCGAAUUUUGCUAAAUUAGAUGAAAACACGAUAAAAUCUUUUAUAGUUAAAGCUACACAAGUUGGUGCUUCUAAAAUUGUAGUUUAUGAUAUUUGAUGUAUCACAUCAGUGUAUAACGUGUAUACUGUGCAAAAUUUGAUCGUUUUUGUACUAGAAAAAUUACGUUAUAUCCAACAUAGGUUACUUGUAAUAAGAUUUUAUUCGAUUAAAUCGCCCAUCAUAAUGUAUUAUAUGUACAUAGAAUAAUCUGAAAUAAAGUUUGUUUAUUUAUGUCAA